CUGUGUGAGCCGCGCUCGCGCUCUGCCUCUUUGCUUUGAUUACUUUGCUUGAAAGGCGUUUUUUUCUUCUUCUUCUUCUCCAUCUGGACCAGGAUCAUGUAGCCCGUGCUCCAGAUCUGGGACCAGUUCUAUGACUGGGGAACUUGAUAAGUGAUGAACUCAGCCUGAACCCGGUUGGGUUUGAUGAGCUUGGGAGUUCCCGUCUCCACAUGAAAACGCGCGCUACCUUUUGGACCAAACGGACCUCCUACAGGUGAACGUGUCUGUGACCUGAGACCACCAGACACGGAUCCCUUUGCUGAAAAGCAGGAAAUCGAACUGACACAUGCCAGUGAUCUGUGUUAUCACGAAGAGGCGGUUCUGAGGGAUUUCUCGCUUCUGUCUCGUUGCUGCGGGACCGGCAACAAAACCAAAAAGUCCAUUUCGGAUUGAGUGUGUGAACCCAGAUGCAUGGCUGCAGUUACGAAUCUGGAUCGAGUCUCAGCGGAUGAAUUCAGCCGGAAAAAUACAAGUGAUGUGAGAAACUACUGGAAACUAAAAACAUCUGGCAGACCUGAGGAGGAAACACCUGCUCCUGCUAAUCAGUGAGAAAGGUUUCUGGGAGAAUGUGAAGCUGAAGCUGCAAAGUCUCUUAAUUUUAGUAGGACAAGAAUGCUUCCCACAGGAAAACCCCAGGGUUAGAGAGCUCAUAGGUGGGCCCGCCUGCUGUGGUCGAUCUGCCCUGUCAGAGUCCACGCUCUGGCUGCUCAGGUUCAUCAUAUCUUCAGCUCACAGCUUGCGCUGCCAGCUCCCUGUUGGUUGUGUGACAUUCUCACUGCUUGCUUUUUCCUCACUGCAAAAUGGCUCAGGGUUCAAAGCCCUCAACUUUCUCUAGAUGUUUCUUGUCGCUGCUCAUGCUGAAGAGCUGCUGGCUGCUCGGCUCCCAGAAGCUGUCUGUACUGGCAGACUCCCAGCAGCCUCUGCAGGAGUAUGCCCAUUCCAUCCGGCUGGAUGGCGAUAUCAUCCUGGGAGGCCUGUUUCCUGUGCACGCCCGUGGUGAACGUGGCGUCCCCUGUGGCGAGCUGAAAAAGGAGAAGGGCAUCCAUCGGCUGGAGGCCAUGCUGUUUGCUAUAGACCUCAUCAACAAGGACCCGGAGCUGCUGCCCAAUGUGACUCUUGGGGCACGAAUCCUGGACACAUGUUCGCGUGACACCUAUGCCCUGGAGCAGUCGCUCACCUUCGUCCAGGCCCUCAUUGAGAGGGACGGCUCUGAUGUCCGCUGUGCUAAUGGAGAGCCGCCCAUCUUUUCCAAACCAGAUAAAGUGGUGGGCGUCAUCGGGGCUUCAGCCAGUUCUGUGUCAAUUAUGGUCGCCAACAUCCUCCGUCUGUUCAAGAUUCCUCAGAUCAGCUACGCUUCGACUGCUCCGGAGCUCAGCGACAACACACGCUACGACUUCUUCUCUCGCGUGGUUCCCCCAGACUCCUACCAGGCCCAGGCCAUGCUGGACAUCGUCACAGCGAUGGGCUGGAACUACGUCUCCACGCUCGCCUCUGAAGGAAACUACGGCGAAAGCGGCGUUGAGGCCUUCAUCCAGAUCUCCAGAGAGUUGGGUGGGGUGUGCAUUGCUCAGUCUCUGAAGAUCCCUCGGGAGCCGAGACCUGGAGAGUUUGACAAGAUCAUCCUCCGUCUGCUAGAGACGCCUAAUGCCCGUGCUGUCAUCAUGUUUGCCAAUGAGGACGAUAUCCGGCGAAUCCUGGAUGCAGCCAAACGCAACAACCUGACUGGCCACUUCCUGUGGGUGGGCUCUGACAGCUGGGGCUCUAAAAUCGCUCCAGUGGUCCAGCAGGAGCGGGUGGCCGAGGGCGCCAUCACCAUCCUCCCCAAGAGGACAUCUGUGGACGCAUUUGACCGUUACUUCAAGAGCCGCUCUCUGUCCAACAAUCGGAGAAACGUCUGGUUUGCUGAGUUCUGGGAGGAAAACUUUGGCUGCAAGCUGGGGAUGCAUGGAAAGAGACCCGGCAGCCCCAAGAAGUGCACAGGGUUGGAGAAAGUUGGUCGCGACUCCACCUAUGAGCAAGAAGGGAAGGUGCAGUUUGUGAUGGAUGCUGUUUAUGCCAUGGCCCACGCUCUGCACCACAUGCAUCGUGAGCUCUGUGCCGGAUACCCCGGGCUGUGCCCGCGCAUGGCUAACAUUGAUGGCAAGGAGCUGCUGGCUCACAUCCGUUCUGUUAACUUCAAUGGAAGUGCAGGGACCCCGGUGACCUUUAAUGAGAAUGGUGAUGCGCCUGGACGCUACGACAUCUUCCAGUAUCAGAUCAACAACUUGUCCAUAGCGGAGUACAAAGUCAUUGGACACUGGACUGAUCAGCUGUAUCUUGAUAUGGAGACGUUGCAGUGGCUCACAGGAGACUCUUCCCUUCCAGCCUCUGUGUGCAGCAUGCCCUGCCGCACAGGUGAGCGGAAAAAGGUGGUGAAGGGUGUCCCAUGCUGCUGGCAUUGUGAGCGUUGUGAGGGAUACCACUUCCAGACCAGUGAGUUCACUUGUGAGCUUUGCCCCUACGAAAAGAGACCCAACCAGAACCGCACCAGCUGCCAGUUAAUCCCCAUCAUCAAGCUGGAGUGGCACUCGCCCUGGGCACUAGUGCCCGUUUUUAUUUCUGUCCUAGGUAUCAUCGCUACUACAUUUGUCAUCAUCACCUUCGUACACUACAAUGACACACCCAUUGUGCGUGCCUCAGGUCGGGAGAUGAGCUAUGUCCUGCUGACGGGUAUCUUCAUGUGUUAUAUCAUCACUUUUCCCAUGAUUGCUGCUCCUGAUGUCGUCGUCUGCUCCUUCCGUCGCAUCUUCCUGGGCCUCGGCAUGUGCUUCAGCUACGCUGCACUCUUAACCAAAACCAACCGCAUCCACCGUAUCUUCGAGCAAGGAAAAAAAGCAGUGACAGCGCCCCGCUUCAUCUCACCAGCCUCCCAGCUGGUCAUCACCUUCUCACUCAUCUCAGUUCAGCUGCUGGGUGUCCUCGUGUGGUUCGCCACUGACCCACCGCACACCUUUGUAGACUAUGGGGAGCAGCGAACACAGCAUCCCGAAAAUGCCCGUGGUGUCCUCAAAUGUGAUAUCUCUGACCUUUCCCUCAUCUGCUCCUUGGGAUACAGCAUCCUCUUGAUGGUCACAUGCACUGUUUAUGCCAUCAAGACACGCAGUGUGCCAGAGACAUUCAACGAGGCCAAACCCAUUGGAUUUACUAUGUAUACCACCUGCAUCAUCUGGCUGGCCUUCAUCCCCAUUUUCUUUGGCACGGCACAGUCAGCGGAACGGAUGUACAUCCAAACAGCCACACUGACAGUUUCCCUCAGUCUCAGCGCCUCUGUCUCUUUGGGCAUGCUCUAUAUGCCAAAGGUCUACAUAAUAAUCUUCCACCCUGAGCAGAACGUCCCCAAACGAAAGCGCAGCUUCAAGGCCAUCGUCACCGCAGCCACCAUGACCACCAAGCUGUCGCAUCUGGCAGCUGAGCGGCCCAACGGGGAAGUGAAGACAGAGCUGUGUGAGGGAGUAGAAGCUAGUGUGCCAUCGACAAAAACCACCUACGUCAGCUACACUAACCAUGCCAUGUGAGAAGCGAACACCUGCAAAACAACAUCCUGGGACAUUUAACAUGCAGACUUCUGUCAGACUCGGAGAUGUCACUACAGGCAAAAACACAGAAGAUGCUCUGAAGAAAUGGAAGGAUCAGGGAAUAAAAUAACUGAACUAACCACGAAUUGAACCCAUAUAUUUGUGUUGUUUUUUAUCUGUUUACAAGGAGGGAGGACAUGGCUCUAAAUAUGGGGGUAUUUUCUAUUUUUAAUCAAGACCAUAAUUGUUUACUUGGAGAGCAAGAUUUCUGGUUUUCAUGCUCAAAU